AUUCAGAUUCGGUUCGGCCGGCGGCACGAGUGCAACUAACUCCAAUUUGAAGAGCAAACGACAACACGAUUGCGAAAUGUAUUACCAGUUUAAUAAUUUCACUGGAAGCAUCUCCCCAGCCACGCACACAAUGUGGCCGUAUUAUCCCCUGAGCCCGCGGCCCUACUCGAAAGCCGACUCGUCCGAAUUCUUUUUCGACCAAAAAUCGACUCGAGCCGCGCAGGUUAAAGGAACGACCAGGGUUGUGCAGAGAAAAUGCGUUCCUGGAUCCAACAAUUUCUAUUCGCCCCUCGACGAACGAGUGCGCCAGAAAAUGGAGCUCUUCCAGAAACCGAACGGAGUCCCGAUCCACCUGAAGGGUGGCCAGGCCGACAAGGUGUUGUUCGGCGUAACACUUGGCCUCUCGGCAGUCGGCGUUAUUUUAGUCGCUCGCUUGAUCUACUCGAUGGCUGUGCCAAAGAAGCAGUAAUAAGAGCGACAGUUUGCGACACUGAUGCGGCCAUAAAAGUGUGUGACACAAUAAUACUAGCGCGCGGUUAUUGCUACCACAAGUAAUAACACACACGUUCCGCCAAUUUGAU